AUGAACCCAGACCCGGUCUUCAGCUUCGAACUGCAAGCCAUCGCGACAGACCAACAGUACCGCAACAUUACAGCGUUGGCUCUCGCGAUUCAAACGAGGAUCUUCGGCAAUCGUCAUCCCAGUUUUGCCCCUACGCCACUGCUUCAAUGUGUCCGAUUUAUGCUCAUCAAAGCCAAGGUGCCGGACUUCAUGUACUCCGACAAAACCAAAGUUGUGAUGGACUUCUUCUUCGACCCAACGAUAUUCAGAAACGUCGAACCUCCGCCUGUGGACGCAGUCAUAUAUAAGUACCCCACAGGACGUCUCAAGGUUGCCAUAGUUGGUGGAGGUCCCACGGCUCUGGCGUCAGCCAUCUCGCUCGCCGAAAAGGGUGCUGGCAAGAUCCAAGUCCACGUAUAUGAAAGGCGCUGGGUGGUCAUGGCAGGCCCGAACGGUACUUAUUUCAACUAUCCGCCGACCGCAAGCAGACGCGAUCAGGUCGUCACGCUGCAAGAGUCAGUCACGACGUUGAUGAGCCAGGCAACGCAGCAAGCACUUUUCGAAGGGCGCCCCGAGUGUGUUUGGCCUGGUUCAGCCAACAUUCAGAUCCGGAAGGUCGAGGAUCGGUUGCUUCGAAGAUGCCAUGCGCCUGAGUUUUACGACCUGAUACACCUUCACGCGGAGGGCGUUACACGCGAAGACUUGUACAAAGUUGGUGACUUUCAUUUGCUCCUUGGAGCAGACGGAGCAGCAUCUUGGGUCCGGAAGUCUUAUUUCCAUGGCUACGAGAACGAACGCGGAAGGAGUUAUGCCCUUGGCUUGGCAUUCGAUCGGCCAGCUGGGCUUCCUUGGUCGCAACCUCUGAACGUGUUUCUUACGUUGGGCCAAACCCGUUAUCUCCUCAACGCCAGUGACUUCGAUGGUCGCGGGUAUCUCAACAUGCAGCUCACCGAGGAGGAAUGGCACAAGAUGUUGGCUAUGGAUGGUCAACCUGUCACUUUUGGGUAUCCAGGAUGUCUACGACGGCCGGAUGGGACGAUCCCGCCUGGCUUUAAUGAAAACCAAGUUUUCGCACCGUCGGAGAACAGAGGAGGUUCGCUGUGGAGGUCGAUAUCCGAUGGGUUGAAGCUUUUCGGCUUCAAGGAGAGCGAGGUCAUCAACGUCGUGCGCAUCCCGGUUGUGGUGCAAGCUGUGCGAGAAGGCAUCCAGUACCUCCCGCCAUCAGAUUCAGCUUCUAUCAACCGGCCUCAUGCCCUUGUUGCAGUCGCCGGCGACGCUGCUAUGACGGUACACUUUUGGCCAGGGCGUGGUCUCAAUAGCGGUGUUAAGUCUGGCAUUGCCCUAGGAGAUGAGAUUGUUCACGCUCUUAAUGCGGGCAAGUUCGUCGGUCUGCCUCUGACAGCAAUGCAGCAAUACAACGACUUUAUCAUGAAGCUGCAGGAUCGCGAACACGACAAGCGCAGCAUCCCCAUCCUCAACCAGUCAGGGACGCCAGAAACGCUUGGAUGGCUCUUGAGCAAGGCGAAUACAGUUCCCGACAACGUCGCGAUUGAAUGGUUGGUCGGAGCCAUGUCACAGAUUGCAGAGCGCCUAGAGCUACGAGGAGACUGGGCGUUUCAGCCAGUAGCAAAUGUCGAGCCACAACUUCGAAUCGUUCUUCGACAGCUUGACUCUGAGACAUUGAGAGAAAUGGCAGUCAGCUUCCCGUGGCCGACGAGGGAGAUGGGCGGCGCGGAAGUCCUACCCCUUCGUUCGAUGAAGCCCGAAGAGAAGCAAAGGUGGCUUCAACAGCUAUGGGGCCUGUUGCGGGAUGAAGCCCAGAAGAAGCAUCCGUCCCGCGGGGAUCAAGGUGGUUCAUCUCGAUUCGAGGCACCUCGCGGGGCUGCCCUUCUUCCUCCGCGGACAACCUCGCCGUCUCCGCAAUUCCUUACCCCGGACUCGGGAAACCCCACUCCGAAUCGGCCCGAGUCGACAUUGCGCCGGAGCAACGCGAGCCGGGGUGUCUCCUCUCCUGGGCCGUCGGAGAGGAACUUGGCAGUUCCCAACGGAGAUCAAACCAUUCUGCGGCCACGCUCACCAUCUGCUGGUGGUGAAGUGCCUCUUGGAAGACUUCUCAGUGUUAACCAACGGCCGGGGCGCGCUAUCUUGGCUGAUGCCAUGUCCCUUGCUCUUUUCCGUGUUGACGGAGACCCCUCAAUGUAG